CUCAAAUAGAAGUAAAGGAAGAAUUAGGGGACUGAUAAGGACCUGCUGCUGGUUGUCCCGUCCCGUAUGUGAUUCGGGAAGUAUACGUGAACAGCAAAGCAAUCAAGGCAAGGUGAUGGCAGGUGUGGCGCGGGCCCUGGGGAUGCUGGUGGUAGUGCUGGUGGUUGGGCUGGGGCUGGCACGGGCUGGCUGUGUCGUGGAUAAAAAGUCUGUGACAGAUGAGACCCAGCGGCUGGAGCAAGAGAGCCUCCUCCAGGCCCUCGGCCCUAUCAUGGGACAGAGCUCUGGGAAAGUGAAGGACAGUGAAGGGAACAUCUACGAGUUUUCCGUGUGUUCAGAUCUGAAGGGCAUGCCCAACGUCAGCCUUGCCCAGACUAACAAGAGCCCCGGCAUCCCCAUCGGCUUCAACAAUCGCACUCUUGUAUCCAGUGACAAACACUGGCUGAUGCUGACCUUCCUCGGGGGCCCACCUCGUCCGAGUCCGUGCAACGGCAGCAAGUGGGAUGGUCAUGUCCUCUUCAUUUGCGACCAUGAUGAAUACGAGAUGAACAUGAAAGUCCUAGAUGAUCCUGUACUGACAUUGAAAUUUUCUGCAAUGUUUGUUGUGCGUCACCAUAGUGUUUGUUCCCUGUCACCAAAGGGCCUAAGUCCAGGAGCCAUAUUCUUCAUCAUUGUCCUGGUUACCUUUUCGAUGUACUUCAUCUCUGGCUUCUUCUACCUGCGUUUGGUGAGAGGGGCCAAGGGCAUUGAACAGAUCCCAAACCGUAACUUCUGGUUCAAAGCAGGAAACUUAUUGGCGGAUGGUUGUGAAGCUGUGUGCCGCUGUGACCGUUACUGUGGAGCUGGUGAACGCCCCCCAAGCACCUACAGUGGCUACUCCCCUAUUGAUGAGCAGUUUGCACAAGACCUGCAGAAUGGUGACAGGGACUCUGCCUUACUCAGUCCCUAGGAGGAGCACAAGGAAUUGGUAUUUGUGUAGUUAGUGUAUUUCUAUGACAAUCUCAUAUUUUUAAGUAUGAUUCCCUUUAAGACAUGGCAUCAGAAUACAUGUUUUAUAUUCCACUGCAUUAUUUAAAGAGUGACUAAAAAGGGCAAAGCUUGAGAGCGAGAUUGAGGACUCAACAUUUUAUGCCCAAAACACUUAUAAAAAAUGGUUCAGCAGCCUUUUUUUAAUGGCCUGCCCAGCCUCAACAGGAAAUGAGUUCUCUAGUAAUGACAAAGAUUCGUAAUAAGUGCACUCAUUUACUUGUUGAAAGAUUUUUUUUUUUAUUUGGUUGUCAUGAUUCAUAAUUAUCAUGAAAAUUGAAUUGCAUAAUUUUUUUUCCCUGGCUUUUAUCUAAAAUAUGGUUGGAAUGAAUUAUCAGCUUUCUCUCUCGAUGCAUCUAGUUGGCAUUUGAUUUGCCUGAACGCAUCAUUUAUUUUUUACUAUUUGUAUGCAGUGUGGAGCUAGAAUAGUACUUCAGUAGCCUUUUGUGCUGCAACCCACUACAUGGCAGGUGUGUGCAACAGGUGAGGUGAAGGCCAUGUGCUGCUGCCUUCUGGUGGGGAUUAGUUCUUACAAACAAGUGAUAAAGCCAAUGGUAGAAAGUUUUUUUUUUUUUCCCCUUUUUUCUUAAGCUAAAGCAUGAGACUACAGCAAUCAUGUGGCAGAUGAUUUUAGUGCCUUAAGUUUGUUUAAGCAGGAAGCCAGUGAUGUAACGCCAAGAUGUGCCUGCAGCGGAUGAUAACUGUGAUGAGAGUUUGUGAGGUAGGCUACUGUGCAGAACUUACAGUAGGUCUCUUGAAAUGUAUACAUCUAUACAGUAGCAUAGUUUAUCCAUUAUUAUUUUAUUUUAUUAAUCACUUAUAAACUGUAUAUAGUUAUUAUUACUAUUUAUGCCAUUGGAAUUAUUUUAUCAUUUUUAAACUAGGUAACUGAUUGUACAGUAAAAGUCUUAAUCCAAUGAUGCUGAUUGUCUGACAAGCUCGAGUGUUCGUUUUUUCAAUCCGGCCAAUUCAGUGCCUCCCAAUGCUCCGGGUUUUCCCUCAGGUGGAACGUGGAAGGUGUGAGCUGGAUUGAAAGUUCAUGCUAAGUGUGUGACCCCUGACUGUGUGUGGGGAGGACUGGAGGGUAGGUGAGAAGAGAGGGAUAGAUAAUGGAAGGGCCUAGGGAGAGAGGGAGGUGGGGGCAGAGAGUGAAUGGGGGAGACUGUGUGUAGGAGGAUGGCAGGGCAAUAGUGGAUGGGAUAGGAAGAGAGGGAGAGCAUGGGUGGGAGGAUGGUAGGGGAAUAGAGAAUUGGAGCAAGGAAGAUGGAUGGCAGAUGGAAGGGGAGGGAGGAGGUAAGGGAUGGACAGUGGAAGGGACCUGAUCAACAACUUUAGAUCUAGGUGUAUACAGUCCACUCAACCUUUCCUCUAGAAAUAUAUUCACCAUUGUGAUGUAGCAACAGUGAACUUUUGGCACACAAAUAUCCCUCCGUAAAUCAAUAUUGUCUAGUCGAUAGUAGUUGUUUAUCUCCCAAAAAAUUCAAACAUUUUUGUCUUAUUAUUUUUUUCACAUGGCUUACAUACUACACUAGUUGGUGUCAUUGGUCUAUAGUAGUUCAACAGAUCUUUCUCAUCAUCACUCUUAUAUAUUGGGACUCUAUUUACUCCUCCAGUCUUGUGGCACAUCCUCCUUUUAACCCGGUAGCAGCGACGGGCGAAAUUUGUAGCUUUACUGUAUAGCAGCGACAGGCCAAAUUUGUGCCAUGAUAUAAACCCCCAAAAUAGAUGAUACAUAAUCUGAUCACAAAUGCUUUGAUAUUAUUAUUAAAUUGUUUGUGUGAGGGGUGAUUUUUUCUCAUUUUUCUUGCUUGGAGGGACCAUUAAGAAACAUGAUCCCCGCUGCUACCGGGUUAAGAACUCAACACUUUUAAGAUCCAUGCUGACACACCAUCUGGUUCCACUGAUUUCCACACAUCCAUGUCAUUCUUUAUUUUUAACAGCCCACCUGUGUUUACCUCUAUCCUAGUCUGUGGGGCCUUACUUCAGAUUUAGCUUUCACCAAAAGUUUCAUAUGGCACAAAAACUAAUGCAAAGCUGCCAUUCAGCUUUGUGUGUGUGUGUGUGUGUGUGUGUCAAAAAAAGGUUGUUCCAAUUAAAAAUAUACAUAAAUUAAUAUUAAAGGUAUUGAUAAAUUAUUUAAAAAAUAAUAGAUUAUUUCUUUAGUUUUAAGAGCAGGAAUCUCAAUAUAAUUGUCAUUUGCAUAAAUUUUACAACAAUUUUUGGUGAAAAUGCCAAAUAAAAGAUAAAAGAUGGUCCUGGGAAGAUAGGUAAAAAGUAGAAGAGGUUGUUUGAGAAGAGUUUUUUUAUAAACAUGAAAAUAUGAAUGGAGAGAGAGAGAGAGAGAGAGAGAGAGAGAGAGAGAGAGAGAGAGAGAGAGAGAGAGAGAGAGAGAGAGAGAGAGAGAGAUUUCAAAUUUUGUUGUCACUCGUUAUACUCUUUCCAAAUGUUUUGUUGUGAUAAAUAAGUGUAUUCUCAUUUUUAUUGCUAGUUUCCAUGACUUUCAUUCUAAAUCAAAGCACAAUUUACUGAAUCACCUUCCAAAAUAAUACAGUGAAGGGUUAGGUGGCGAGGACACAUCAAAGUGGAGUUCCGACUCACUUGAGAGAGAACCCCACACUGUCAGAUUGUCACAUGUCACCCUAGACCCAGGAGAACACUAUGCAUUCACCCCUGCCUAAUUGAGUAUAUGGGUAAUGACACUCAAAAUAACUGUGAUAACUUAUGCAUAUGUUCAUCUAAAUUCUAUCUGACAGUGCAAAAUUUGAAAGUCGGCCAGAAGCAUGUGGCAGUAGUACAUGUAACUUCUCCUCACUGUUCCAUGGAAGGAAUGUCAGUGUUAUACAGGAUAAGCUUUAGGAUAUGUCAAACAAAUUACUAAGCUUAGACAAUACACACAUACUAUAAUUUCACCAAAUUAUGAGGUUUAAUAUUACUCAUUCAUGCCUUGGGAUGGGCACAUAACUGAAUCUGUGUCCAUGUGUUAUGACAGUCUGGUCUGUGAUUGUAUGCUGAGCCUUUCUGAUUAAAAAUAAGAGCAGGUCUUGCAUUCUAGUGGAACUAAAUGGAUUUUCUAUUAGGUUAAAUUGCUGUUUGUGCAGUACAUACUCGCAGGCUCACAAUAGAGCUGAAUACAAUAUUUUCAUGGUUGUUACAAUUCAAGUAAAACUUUUGCCUCUAUAUUUUUUUUAUAGAAGAGCACCUAUUUCCAAUCAGGUUGUCUAGCAUGGUUGUAUACCAACUAAUAUAAAUCUAUGGGUGAUGUUUCUUUUUUGGCAUAUUUUUGAGGGAAAUUUUGAAUUUUCAUAUCAAAUACAAUAUUAGUCAUUAACAAA